CCUCUCCCUCGGCGGGGGCGCGCGGGGCGCGGAGGACCGCACGGCGCGAGGGGGAAGUCAGGUGGCCGCCGCCGCCGCCGCCGCCGCGGUCUGUCGCCGGGAGGAAAAUGGCGGAUCUGGAGGAGCAGCUGUCCGAUGAGGAGAAGGUGCGAAUAGCAGCAAAAUUCAUUAUUCAUGCCCCUCCUGGAGAAUUUAAUGAGGUGUUUAAUGAUGUUCGGUUACUGCUUAAUAAUGAUAAUCUUCUCAGGGAAGGAGCAGCUCAUGCAUUUGCACAGUAUAACUUGGACCAGUUUACUCCAGUAAAAAUUGAAGGUUAUGAAGAUCAGGUAUUGAUAACAGAACAUGGCGACUUAGGAAAUGGAAAGUUUUUGGAUCCCAAAAACAGAAUCUGUUUCAAAUUUGAUCACUUAAGAAAGGAAGCAACUGAUCCAAGACCAUAUGAAGCAGAAAAUGCAGUUGAAUCAUGGAGAACUUCAGUAGAAACUGCUCUGCGAGCCUAUGUAAAAGAACAUUAUCCAAAUGGGGUCUGCACUGUAUAUGGUAAAAAAAUAGAUGGACAGCAAACCAUUAUUGCAUGCAUAGAGAGCCAUCAGUUCCAAGCAAAAAACUUUUGGAAUGGUCGUUGGAGGUCAGAGUGGAAGUUUACAAUCACUCCUUCAACCACUCAAGUGGUUGGCAUCUUGAAAAUUCAGGUUCAUUAUUAUGAAGAUGGUAAUGUUCAGUUAGUGAGUCAUAAAGAUAUACAAGAUUCCCUAACGGUGUCUAAUGAGGUGCAGACAGCAAAAGAAUUUAUAAAGAUUGUAGAAGCUGCAGAAAAUGAAUACCAGACCGCCAUCAGUGAGAAUUAUCAGACAAUGUCGGACACUACUUUCAAAGCCUUACGUCGACAGUUGCCAGUUACACGCACGAAGAUUGAUUGGAACAAGAUCCUUAGCUACAAGAUUGGCAAAGAGAUGCAGAAUGCAUAAGAUGAACAUUGCAUGACCGGAUCAUUUUAAUGUUUUUGCGUUUAAAAAAAAAAUCAUUGCAAAAAGUAUUCAGAACUGUCAAGCUACCCAGUCAGAUGGGCUGUUGCCAUUUAAAAUCACUGUAAUUAAUUAGUUUGGUUAGAGCACAAAGCUUAGCUAAUCAACCGUUAUUUUUCAUUUCUUUUGUUCAAAGAGGACAAUUAGUUUAAAUGUCUUUUACUUUCUGUUAUACCUUUCUUUCUUAUAAUUAAGAGAUGAUUCCUCUAGUUUAAUGUUAAAAGUUUUUGAAGUGUUUCAAAAAUAUUUUACUUAUCGUAACCCUAAAGUUGUUGUCUUUUGGUUUACGAAGUGGGCAACUUUUGAUAUUUGCCCAGUUCUUUUUAAUGGGGUUAAUAAUGGACAUUCUAGUUUAAGGUGGUUGAUGGAUUUAGCCAUAUAUGCUGCUAAAGAAAUUGUCUACCUUUUCCCCUCACCUCUUCCAUUUAUGUAAGAUUGAGAUUAGAGGGAAAGCAUUUUCUAUAUCAAUUGUGUUUGAACUUUGAAGAAGGUUAUUUAGCUAGCUUAGUGUUUAACUAAACUUUUUUUAAAUGAGGCCAAGGUCUAAUGCUGUUUUGAGAUUCUGAAAUUAAAUGGAAAUACUUAUUUCAGAAAUGCAUUUAAUGCUUUUUUUCUUGUGACAGUUACGCAAAUUAGCUUGAACUCCAUAUGUCCCUGAGUUAUUUUUAUCAUAAAGCCACAAAUGUAUUAUAACAAGGCAAAUUGUAAUAUAUAUAAUCCUGAACUCAUGACCAUGUCUCAGUUUAUUUCUUUUCUUGGAUUGAAAAGUACUGAAAUUCAAUGUGACAUUAAAAUGGAAAUUUUCCUAUUUAUUUGAGUAGAAUAUCCCUUAUCAGUGAGUCAUAUACUAUUUUAAAAUACUUUCUUUGGAUAUUGUGAUUCUUAACUGGUUGUAAAUUAGAGAAGCUGGGAGUACAUAUGGUGUGCAUUACAGUCUAAAUUUUUCCAUCUUAUGCAUCAUAAGCGUGUUUGUAAUAUUUUAAAAUAUACAUUUACUGAUGCUACAGGAAUUUCAAACCUGUGGUGAAUGUUAAUAUUUACUAUAGAGAGUGGGGUGGAUUUAUGGUUUCAUUCAAUCGAGUAUUGCUUACUAUACUCCAGUGGAAUCUCUUCCUCACAUACUCUUGGAGAUGUCUGGGCCUGGAAGUGUUUUUUUAAAAACACCACUUUUAUUAUGUACAAUAAAAUAUUUCAUUAGCUUGAAUUGUAUAGAAUUUAAAACUUUUCUCAAAGCAUGUCAUUUAAUUUCUUUUUAAAAAUCAGGCUUGGGCUUUGAAAACACUGAGAACUUAAUAUGAAAUUUG